AGGAACGGGGAGCCUGACGCCCCGCGCCGAGUGGAGAGCGAGGCCGAGGCCGCCGCGCUGCACAGGGCCGGCGCCCGGCGGGGCUUCGCGGCGGAGUUCGCAGACGUCCUGGCCGCGCGCGACCUGUACGCGGCCAUCGGGGCCUCCGUCCUCACCCCAGAGGCCGAGCUGCGCCGCUGCUACCUGCGCACCGCGGUCCGGGCGCACCCGCGCGCGGCGGCCACCGAGGAGGCCGCCGCGGCCUUCCAGCAGGCCACGGCCGCGUGGGCGGAGCUCGCCAGCGCCACCUCGCGCUGGCGCUACGACGCGGAGCUGCAGGCGGGCCGCGGCCUCCUCGUGGGCCCCGCGCGGCACCGGUGCCUGCCCCUGACCGACGAGCGGGCGCUGGCGGCCUUCGCCUCCGCGGCCGCCCACUGCGCCGCGGAGGGCCCGGCGCCUCCCGGCUUCGAGGGGGUGCUGCGGCGCGCGCGGGAGCUGGCGGCCGCCCCGGCGGCGGAGGCGGAGCCCGCCGCGCCCUGCGCUGCCCGCGCCGUGGCCACCUGCGCGGGCCUCGCGGCCGCGGGGGUGGUGGCGACCGCCGCGGGCUACCCGGGCGUGGGGCUCAUGGCGCGCAGGGCCGCGAUAUACCAGGGCCUCGGCCAGGCCGCGGUGACGGGCGCGAGCAUGUACAGGAGCAGCGACGCUGUGCGCGAGAGGGUCGACAGGAUCUGCUCCGUGCUCGGGGAGUGCGCCGAGGCGACCUCCUCGCUGCUGCCGCCCGUCGCGGCCUGCCUGGGCGACCGCGAGGGCACGCCCGAGCCCCGGCCGGCGGGGAAGGUGGUCUGGCUGCCCGUCGGCUGCCACGUGCGCUUGGUCGGCCUGCAGAGUGCGACCAGCCUCAACGGGCGCGCCGGGGAGGUCGUGGGCUUCAGGGACGCCAGGUACGAGGUCAAGCUGUUGGCCCACCAGGAGGAGGGAGGCAGGGGCGCGUCGGCGGGGCCGGCGCUGCAGGUGAAGCGCCUCAGACCCGAGAACCUCGAGCCCCUGGGGUCGCGGCCGGGCCUGGAGUCGCCGCCCUGCGGCGGGGGGGCGCCCCAGGGCGCCAGCGACUUCUUCUGACGUGCUCCAUCUCCCCCCUCCGUGUCUUCCUCCCCGCGUUUCUGCUCUUCUCUCUCUCUCUCUCUCUCUUUUGGUUUUGUUGUUCCCUCUCUUUCUCUCCAUCUCUCUCUCCGUUUCUGUGCGUGCUG